AUCCUUCAGACAGGAGCAUUUCAACAGAAUUCUGGCCCUGCCCAGCUGUACAGAUCAUAUAUACUCAGGGGAAAGAUACCCUGACCAUCUAAUCUGUCUCUGGCAAUACACUGGUCCUAAGCACCUACAGACCUCCAACAGACGUGGACCCAUCAUCCGAAGAUCCCUCUAAGAUUGCAGACACUAGGCAUCCACAGACACCUAACAUAUACUGAGAUCAGCACUACUGAGCAUCUAUACCCAGCAGACAUACCCACAUCUGAUCCAAGUCAUGCUACCUGCCACAUUCAAGCUGUGUGCUGGGAUCUCCUACCGACAUCUGCGCAACAUGACAGGUCUGAGAAGAACAGCCGCUGUCGCACUCUCACAUGAACUGGAAAAGCUGUCUCUAGUUGGACCAGGACCCAGUCAAUGGAUAAAUCAAGUCAGAAGAAGAAGUUCCUUAUUGAGUUCCAGGCUUGAGGAAAAGGUCUAUAAUGAGAUUGAGAUGUCCUACAUCAAACAGGGAGAAGAAGCACUUAAGAAGUCAAUGAGCAUCCUGAGCGAGCAGGAUGGAUGGAAAGUGGAGAUUGUGGCGGAAAAUGGAGAUAAAGUGCUAAGUAAAGUUCUCCCAGACAUCGGAAAGGUCUUUAAGCUGGAGGCUGUUGUAGAGAAGCCUCUGGAUAAUGUGUACGGAGAACUGGUGGACAACAUGGAGAAAAUGGGGGAGUGGAACCCUAAUGUAAAGGAAGUGAAGAUUCUCCAGAAGAUUGGAAAGGACACGAUGAUAACACACGAGAAAGCAGCAGAGACUCCCGGGAAUAUUGUGGGCCCCAGGGAUUUUGUGAGUGUGCGAUGCAACAAGAGGAGAGGGUCCACCUGCAUCCUUGCAGGGAUGUCAACGAGGUUUGGGGGAAUGCCAGACCAGAAAGGAUAUAUUAGGGCAGAAAAUGGACCCACUUGUAUGGUUCUACACCCAGUGCUAGAAGACCCAUCAAAAACCAAAUUAACCUGGCUUCUCAGCAUUGACCUGAAGGGGUGGCUGCCAAAAUCUAUCAUCAACAAAGUUCUGUCCCAGACACAAGUGGAUUUUGCUAAACAUCUGCGUAGCCGAAUCACCAUGUCCUCCUCCAGCCUCUCACUCUGCUAACCUUGCAUCUUCUACAUAUUCGUCAUGUUUCUGAACUAUGAGAGCUGCCCUGAGAUUCUAAAUCUUGCCCCAUAAAAAGAUUACCAGAGUAUUGUUAAGCAAAGCAUUAUGAUCCUCUGAAACAUAUACCCAACUUGUAUUACUGACAUUGAUAAAAGUCAUCAUAAAAGUCAUGUAAGAUUUCAGUAUAAUAGACUUCCUGGAAGAAACAUUGUCCUGUCACCUACACAGUGUAGUCAGGACAAGUAGUCAGUUGUGUGCUGAUCCCUAUGCAGCGUAUCACAUUUCCUAGUGACCAGUGACAUGACUUAGGGGCAGAUGUACUAACCCUUGGGAGAGAGAGAGAGAGAAACUACCAACCAGCUCUUGUCAUUUUUCAAAUACAAUCUACAACAUGGCAGUUAGGAGCUGACUGGCUGGUACUUUGGGAUCUAUGUACUAAGCCUUGGAGAGAGAUCAAGUGGGUGGGAUAAAAUAUCAGCCAAUCAGCUCCUAACGGCCAUGUUAUGAAACACAGCAGUUGGAAGCUGAUUGGCCGGUACUUUCUCUUCAAGGCUUAGAACAUCUGCCCCUUAGGCACCACUUAACAUGCAUGCAGUACUGGUUUCUAGUGUCUUGUUAGUCUACAUUCUAAUUAAUAUUUUUUUAGUCUAUAAAAUGGCUGCCUCCACAGUGUGAUGGGAAUAUAAAAUACGUAGGUCUGUAUCAGUGACAUGCGGUGGGGUGAGGCAGAGCCGUUCCUGUCAUACUUACAUUUUUACCAGUGUUUUGACUGUGUAAAGCAGAGGUUCUCAAACUCGGUCCUCGGGUGCACACACAGUGCAUGUUUUGCAGGUCUCCUCACAGAAUCGCAAGUGAAAUAAUUAGCUCCACCUGUGGACCUUUUAAAAUGUGUCAGUGAGUAAUUAAUACACCUGUGCACCUGCUGGGUUACCUGCAAAACAUGCACUGUGUGUGCCCCCGAGGACCGAGUUUGAGAACCUCUGGUGUAAAGUAUAUGAAAAAUACAAAGAAUAUGUUUGAAAUAUCUUCUUUGCAUCAUUCUAAUAAUUUUUAUAGCCAAAACUCUGGAGUAAAAAGUCUAUGGCAGGUGAGGCAGUACCUCACCUGGCUAACUUUUCCGCACAUCUCUGAUCAUAACUCUCCAAAUUUCCAGGAGUUUAUACUGCUACACCUGUGUAUAGUACCCAGAUGUACCCUUUGACUCAUAUAUUGCUUGUAAAUCUGUCUCUGGUGCUAAGCAGUGCCUCCUGAGCUAUUUAGCUCACCGCACGUCCCUAGUCUGUAUUCCCUAUCUACUUUUUGCAUUUACUUAAUUAUAAAUCUUCAACA